AUAUCUGUAUUGAUGACGUAUGACAAGCUCAAAUGUGUGGAUUCAUUCAAUUUGCUUUUGUCAUUAUUCAAAUUUAGUUGUAGAUCAGGUUUUUGAUUUGGUUCUUCUUUUGAGUUGUGUGGUAUUCAAAGCGCAAGGGAAUUUUCGCCAAUUUAUUCUAAAAAACACUUUAAAACUCGCCUGUGACGAUCAUAAAAUUAACGAUUUCAAAAUGUGUGUUGAAAAAUCCAAGGUUGUCAUAACAGAAAAGAAAAGAUCUCGACCGAACAAAUUAUCGCAGUUGGUUCGUGAUUUUUCAUGGAAGCUUUUGUUUUAUGUCAUUUCAAUGGUUUUGAUUCUGAAAGACAAACUCUCAGAAAUAUUUCUCGGAUGGUAUUUCGGGGAGAAGAAAACAUGUCCACCGCUUAAAAGUGAAUACAGUUUUUUGACUAAAAGUGCAAAAGAGCUGGCGAAUCUAAUCGAAACCAAACAGAUCACAUCGACACAAUUGAUCAAGGCCACUAUAGAUCGUAUGAAUGAAGUGAAUGGAGUUCUAAAUGCGAUAGUUGAUGGACCAUUCGUUGCAGAAGCACUAAAGGAAGCACAAAUGAUCGACGAGCGCAUUGCAAUGAACCAAAUAUCAAAAGAGGAAUUUGCAUCAAAGCCAUUCCUCGGUGUCCCAUUCACUACGAAGGACAGUACCAGUGUUGGUGGCAAAUUGCAUACGUUGGGAUUGCUUGCACGCAAAACAACACAUUCAAAGGAGGAUGCGGAGUGUGUAGCAUUGGCUAAAAAAGCCGGUGCGAUUAUUCUAGCGACCACUAAUAUUCCCGAGGUGAAUAAAUGGCAAGAAACAAGAAAUAAUCUUAUAGGUAUAACCAACAAUCCGUACGAUUUACGCCGUACGGUCGGAGGCUCAAGCGGUGGUGAAGGGGCGCUUAUUUCAUCUUGUGCAUCCGUAUUUGGAUUGGGUACAGACAUAGGUGGAAGUAUUCGGAUGCCAGCAUUUUAUUGUGGAAUAUUUGGACACAAACCGACGGUUGGGGCAAUCAAUACUCGAGGAUGUACAUUUAGAACUGGUAAAGAAGCUUCUACAAUGGUCGUAGCAGGUCCUAUGAGUCGGCAUGCAAAAGAUCUGUUACCACUGUUCAAGAUUUUAAUUGAUCCAAAGAAACAACCCAUUCUCAAGUUGGAUGAAAAGGUUGAUGUGCGGAAAUUAAAGUACUAUUAUGUUCGUGAAAGUGGUGAACACAAAUGUACCCCGGUAUCGAGUGAAUUGCAAACUGCAAUGACAAAGGUGGUUAACCAUUUGGAAAGUGUUGCAGAUACAAAGCCAAUUGAAAUUAAAUUGCAUGGAACUGAUAGAGCAACGAAAUUGUGGCGCUACUGGAUGACACAAGAGCCAGCCGAUUUCAAUUUACUAUUGGGCAAUGGUACACGCCUAAAUCCCAUUGUUGAACUCGUUAAAAAGUUGACAUUUACAAGUGAUUUGACUAUGGCUGCAAUAUAUUCAUUGAUCGAUGAAAUUCUACCGAAGGAGAAAGCUGACAAAAUCAAAGAAAUCACAAGAAAGUGUGAUGAAGAAUUAACGAAUAUUCUAGGAGAUGAUGGUGUUUUAUUAUACCAUAAUAUGACCAGAACAGCACCAUUCCAUUAUGCUCUCCUUCUCAAUGUAUCUGACUUCAGCUAUUGGUCAAUAUUUAAUGUGCUACAUGUUCCAGCCACGCAAGUUCCACUUGGACUAGACUCGAAAGGAUUGCCAUUGGGGAUUCAAGUAGUUGCCGCCAGAAAUCGAGACCGUCACUGCUUAGCGGUGGCAGAGGAGCUUGAAAACGCGUUUGGUGGAUGGAAACCUCCAUAUAGAGCUUAAGUAGGAAAUCUGUUUACAUUGCUGACGGGCAUUUUUGUAUUUGGUGUCGGAAAUAUAUACAAUAGUUACAUUUUGGACAA